UUUCCGGUGUAAACUUCCGCUUAGAGCUCAUGAAAAAGAAACGAGAAUUUUAAAGCUGUUUUGUGCAAAGAACUGCUCGGCAGAAUGAGUUCUGCGAGCAAGGUUGGUGAAAUAUUUACUGCGGCAGGUGCUGCUUUUACUAAAUUAGGAGAUCUUACUCUGCAGCUUCACCCAACAGCAGAACAAAGCCCAUCCAGUGGAAAAUGGACUCCACAUGAGGUAGAUAUGCUGAAGAGUGCAGUCAAACGUUUUGGGGACGAUUUGGACAACAUCAGUGAAAUAAUCAAAACAAGAACCAUUUCUCAGAUUAAGACACAGAUGAAAAGGAAAGCAUAUGAAGAUGCCGGACUUCCUCAGCCGACAGAACCGUCUCCCAAAAAACAAGCUGUGAGAGCCGAAAAAACACCACAGGUUACAGUAACAACUGCCACAGCUAGCUCUUCUGUAGAAUCUCAACCUAAAAAACAGCCACAAAAUGAUGUAACGCUAAGUGCCCUCAAUGCUCCAGAGAGUGAUGUUGACAUUGAAGGAGAUUCUUCAUCAUCAAAACGUUUAGAUUUUGAUUCAGAUGUUGACUCCAGUAUGCUGUGAAUCAAGGGAGAGAACUCAAAACCGGCAGCAAUAUUAUCCAAAAAGUCAUGUUGUUCUUAGUGGCAUUUGCAGACAUUUUAUUUAGUGUUUGACAUUCUGAUCAAAGAAUUGUACAAUUUAUUGAUAAAGCAUCAAACUAGGUUUUAUAGUUACCAUAAAGAGAAGUGCUAAAUUUGGAAUCAUUUAGCUCAGAUUUUGUUUGUUGUUUUUCUUUCUGGCAGACUUUAUUGAGGUGCUAAAUGUGCAGUUGUGUUUGCCAAGGAAAAUUAUCAAGCUAUGAAAAAGUUUUUUACUAAUCAUUCUUUGUUAUUUUUGUCAUACAUACAUGUUCAUUUAGUGACCUUGAUUUCUGAAAGAAACUGAUAAUUAUUAUUCAGUAUGUGGAUGGUAUUUAGUUUUAUUGUUCUCAUUUACUAUAUAUUAAUUAUAUAAGUCUUAUUUGGGCAAUAUUGUACAGUAAAUGUUUUAUGUUU